CUCCCCUGUGCUUCAACACUGAAAUCAAAACUGAACUUUUCAUGCUAGCUUAACAUUAUUGUUACAGGGAAAUUCAUGCUCAAAUAAGUUGGAGUCGAAAUCGAAGUCGAAGAACUCUAAGACGGCCAAAGAGAUGGUAGGUAGUUGUGAUCGUAAAACUGAAGAAUCAGCCGCCAAAAGUAAGAAGCAAAAUUUGGCAGACGACACAAUUCAAGGUCUUGGCCCAUCAUGCAAUUAUUUGAAGUUUAUCAUCAAUACGGCGCCCGGUGAUGUAUAUAAAAAUACUUCAAUCCCAUUGCCCGCUUCGGUUUGGCAUUAUGACGAAGAUCGACAAACUUAUGUAAAUGAGGUUGACGUUGAAGAGUUCCUUAGAGGGGCGUGCCUCAACAUUUCAGUGAUCCAAGUCUAUAUGAUGUGUUUAUUCCACGAACACACCUUUGCAUUUGACAACUCUCAGAUUGGGUUUGUUUGUCUCGAGGCAAUGUCAAGCUCUAGAAUCAAGGCCAACCCUCAGGCUGCAUCAAUGUAUUUGAAAGUAGUUUUCAAUGCUGAAAUUGAAAAGGAGAAGAAGGGUGAUCCUAACAUUACCAAGUGGUUUUUGAUCCCAUACAAUCAAGAGUAA